UGCAUAUUGAUGCAAAAUAUAUAAAGAAAUGUAAAUAUCUCACAUCGAUACUCAAAAAAUAUGGGGGUCUUUUAGAGAAACUAGGAUUUGUUUUUAUCGAUAAUUUUUGGUGAAAUAUUUUUAUAAAUAUCUAUUCAAUGAAUGAAAAAUAAUAUAUAAAUACAUUAUAAUAUUUUAAUUUUUUUGGCCGGCGUGUGUGGGUUUUCUUUGGUGGGAUGAACAUCCCAUUUCUUACCACUUCUUUUCACCAUCAGGACUUUACUCGGUACAUAGCCAGUAUAUAGCACAAAGUAUUUUUUUUAAAUGGCAUGAAAUGUAGUCAAAUUUUGCCAAAUCAAAUCAUGCUAUAUUUUCCACAAAAAAAAAAUGUGGGAAGACAACCCGAAAAAGGUCUAUCGUUGAGGUUAAUUACAUAUGUUAACAGGAUUUCACAGAUUUUUCAGAUUUUAAGUGGAAAACAAGAUUUUUCCAUAAUGUUUUUAAUCAUGAGGAAGGUUCUUGUUGAAUUUUCCCCCAGCCGGCGAACUAAUGAAAUUUUUGAAAGUUGGACGGGUUAUAUGGACUCACUCGACCCAUUCUUUCCAGGGAGGAUGAGAGCCGGUUUCACCUGUGUCAACUGCCUCAAGAACUACAAAUGGAAGGGUGCCCUGUACCGGCACCUCCGCUACGAAUGCGGCCAAUCUGCGCAGUUCUCCUGCAAGUUCUGCGGCUAUCAGACGAAGCAGAAGUGCAACUUGAGACGACACGUCGCCACCAGGCACAGAGACGAGAUAAACGCUUUCAUCCAGCUGAGAAAAGGAAGCCUCGUCUGCUAGACACGACAGUCAUCCCCGAUACCAAAAGUUCCUAGAUUCUAUAAAUCGUAGAUCAACCUCGUGCAUUAGUCUCGGCCCUUUUCUGCUCGAUACGAGUAAAACACCUUCAUUGAAAGUUCUUUCGUUUGGUUUCAGAUGUAGAGGGACUUUUCGUUUGUACAAAGUGCAACAAGCGGUACCAAAGGAAGGACAGCCUCACACGCCACUUGCGCCUGGAGUGUUCCAAAGAGCCUUCUUUCAGCUGCGAACUCUGCCCUUACAAAGCGAAACAGAGAGGGAACCUCAAAAGGCACAUGUUCAUGAUUCACUGUCAAAUGGACUGUCCUCCUUCUCGUCGGAAAGA